AUGACAGCAUAUGCUGAAGAACUGUACGAUGAUGACUCCGAGAAUGAAGCCUACAAUGACAUCAUCACAGAGCUAAAAGGCGGAUUUAGGGAGUAUGUGCCCCUGAUGAACAGAAUAUCUUUGGAGCUGAACAAAAGCAUUUUUGAAGGCUCAGAUGCACUAAGUUCUAUCCCCCAGACUCAAGAUGGUGAGAAGAAGUUGAGGGGAACGGUGAAGAAGUUCGUCAACAAAUGUCGCAAACUGGUGGGCCUGCUUGGGUGCGCUAGCUCUGCUGAUGCUUAUGAUCCUGCAGCCCCGAUGCAUAGCCUCGCUUCAUCUAGCCAUGCUGCCUCGUCGUCUAGGAUGGCGAAGGCGAGGAGGCGUCGCGUGCCGGCGUUCGGGGAGUGGAACUACAACUACCACCACGACGAGCCGGAGGCGACAGCGGCACUUCCGCCGGCCGCGUGCAACGCCACGCCGGAGCCGGAGGCCUGCAGCGACGUGUGGUUCAGGUACUCGCCGCCCCCGCGCAAACCCACGCCCAAGAAGCAGGCGAGGAGGCGGCCCGAGGGCGACGUGUCCCGGGAGCGUUCCAAGGCGUCCAGGGACGCCGCCGCGGCCAAGAGCGGCGGCUCCAGGCGGGUGGUGCGGCCAGUCAACGGGGACCUGUACCAGGUGCCACCGCCGGAGCUCGCCCCCCACCGGGCGCCGAGGAAGACAGGGAGCCUGUGGAUGGGAUGCCUGGGCCUCAGCUCAUGCGUCCACUGAACCCAACAUGUCCUGAUGGUCGAUGGGAUGCUGCGUCCUGCGUGCGUCUUCAUCGCCAGUGUUUAUUUGCCCUUUCUGUUGGAUAUACACUACUAAUCCCGUCCAGUUGGUAAUGUAGGUGGUUCUAGAACCUCGAAGUAAUUUUUAUUACGUUCAUGUGCUUUGUA